AUGUCUUUCCCCCAGGAUCCUCGCCGCCGCCGCGGUGGUGCCGGCACUGGCUUCAGCUCGACCGGGCGUCGCACUGCCAUGGGAUACUGGAUCCCUCUCGCCCUCACGGUGGGAGUUGCGACACUGAGUGUUGCUGCUUGGAUCUGGAGUGAACGAGACGAAGACGACGACGAAGACGACCGCCCCCACGACGGACAUGGUCCCUACCCACCACCGCCCCCCGGUACCGUCGGUAGCGACUUCCCUCCCCCUGCCUACGGUGCAGAGGGGUAUGCGAGAAGCGCGGGCGUGGAUAUAGUCCCUGGAGACACUCCAUAUGAUCCUACCUUUAUGGGUCGCAUGCAGGGUGCUUUGCGCCGAACCCCUAGCCCGCAGCAGCUCUUCGACGGUGCCAGCCGAAAAGUUGCGGCUGGAGUUACGGCCGCCGGUGCUUUCGUUGGAAAUGCCCUGACAUCAAUCCGGGAAGAAAAUCGGGGCGAUUUUGAGGACCAUACCAGAUGGUCUGAGGAGGCCCAAUCCCGUGCUACCGAAAGAGGUCAACAAACCCCAACUAUGAGUGGUGCGCUGCCGACACGUGGACCAGUUGCUGGCCAGCAGCCCUUCGAAAAGAAGAAAAAGACUGUUGCUAUUGUUGUAUCAUCUCUGUCACCCGCUGAUUCCGAUGAGUUUGCCUCCGAGCAUGCGUCGAUCUUGUCCCAUCUUCCCGAGCACGUGGACUUGGAUAGCUCCCGAAUCUUUGUUCUGAUCUACGGCCCCGAUGUGAAGCAUGCCGUUGGCCAGGGCAGCUCAUCCCGUGCCACCCAUUCGAUCGCCUCGUCUUACUCAAACAUUGCGACUGAAGAGGCCAAUUCCUCUGAAGAUCUACCCCCCAAAGAUUUGCAGACUGUGGAGCCCCGCCAGGAAGAAGAGCUGGAUGGCCACAGCCCUUUCUUCAAGACGCUCUACACUCAAGCCCAGGCGCUCGUCGAUAAGGAGAACAUGAUCAUGCCCUUCAGCACCGCCUCGGGCUAUGUGCAUCUUGUGCGCCACCUCUCGCCGGACCUCGUUUACGUCCAAGAGUCCCUCACUGGAAAUGAGGGCGAAGCCGCCCAGCACAUCUCCGGUUGGGUUCGCCAGGUCAUUGUUGUCGUUGGCGAUGAGGGUGGCCGGGGCGGACUUAUCGACAGCGAUGAUGAGUCGGCUCUUGCUGAUAAGGGAGAACGCUGGUGGCAAAAGGAGGGCACAACUGGUAUCGGCAAACGGAUUGACGUCGUAGAUGUUCUCCGUGUUGGCGACGACUGGCGACACCGAGUCAAUGGCCACGACUAG